UUGCCGUACCUUCAACCCUCCCCCCGUAUCAGAGGAGUAGAAACAACAAGCCGCCAUUUUGUUUGUGCGGACAGAAACAGGAGGAGAUAACCGAGAGAAGGAGCGACUCCGGCUACCGAGGUCUGCCGCUCCGGGAACCGCCGGUGGAGGGAAAGCGCGGCGAGAUCCCGUCCGUGUUACCGGGGAGAGCGACGAAGCAUCGCCGAGGAGGACGACAAGAAGACGGCGGCGGAGGGAAAAGCCAGCGGGUGAUAAAUAAAUAUCAGUAUCUACAUACCGACUGCCUUCUUGGUUUGGGGACAUAAAGGAAUCUGUGGCAGGGAGAUGUCUGCUCAGUUUCCAUUUUGCAGCGACACACUCCUGGAGCGUUUCAGGUGUGAAGUAGAGGGUUUCUCCGCCGACGAUGGCGGGCAGGACUGCGUGCACCAUGGAGGACGGAUCUUGGGACAGUCUAGCGUCGUAGAGGAGGCUACAUGAGGUUGUCAGAGGGCCGCACGCUUGCCUUUUUGCCGACUCCACGUUCCCACCUCCUCCACCUCAAAUCUGUGAAGAAACGAAAUCUCCGCCAGGGGAGGGGGACUGAUAUCUGCAGAGAGGACUAAACCGAGAGGGAAGGAGUCCCAGUCCCGCUGUCUUCUCCCCUACCGUCCCCCGAGCGGUGGGGGAACGAUCAGAAGAUCUUCUUUAAAGGCACAAGGAGACGCAAAUUAGGGAAAUACGUUUGCCCUCCGUGGACCUACUGCAUUUUUAAUUCGUCAAAAAUAUGGCCGAUAAUGUCCUGGAGUCCGGCCCGCCUUCAGCUAAGAGGCCCAAGCUGUCCUCUCCGGCUCUCUCCGUGUCUGCCAGUGAUGGAAAUGAUUUUGGUUCAUUCUUUGACCUGGAGCACGACCUCCCAGAUGAGCUAAUCAGCUCGUCGGACCUGGGUCUGACCAACGGAGGGGAUGCCAGCCAACUCCAUACCACUCUCGGAGGUAUUGGUUUGGGAGGCCAGGAUGCAGCUGCCAAACACAAACAGCUGUCUGAACUCUUGCGAGCUGGAGCCCCAGCACAGCAGGGUGGCCCUACUUCCAACAGCACAGCACCUGGGGCUUCCAUGGGGAUGAUGGGGGGCGUCAGCGUUUCCCCGGGUGGACCUCAAGCCAUGCCCCCCCAGGGCCAGCAGCAGCAACCUGGAUUAAUGCAGCAGGUUGGGAUGGUUGGAGGGAUGGCAGCUCACAAUCGAGCAGCUUCCAUGAUGGGUAACCAGAAGGGUAACACUGGACAGCAGGGGCUGAUGGGGGGGCAGGUGAUGAAUGGCUCGCCGAGAAUGGGUUACCCUGGCAAUGCAGGCAUGGGUAACAGUAGUAACCUGUUGGCGGAAACCCUGCAGCAGGGGCCAAUGGGACCAGGGGGUCAAGCAGGGAUGAGACCACAGCAGCCUGGAGCACUGAACAAGAUGAAUAUGAUGGCCAAUGCGGGCCCCUAUGGUGGUCCGUACGGCCAAUCUGCUGGCCAGGGGCUGCCUGGAGCAGGGCUGGGCCCGCAGCUCCAGAAUAAGACAGGCCUGCCCAACAAUAUGGCCAAUCAGUUCAACAUGGACAAGAAGGGGCCACCGGGUCAAGGCAUGCCUGGGAUGCCCUCUCAGCAGCAGCAACCUGGAGCGGUUGGCGGCGUGUCUGUCGGUGGAGCAGCAGCAGCAGUGGGGGGGCCGCAGGUUGGGCUCAAUGUUGUAGGGGCAGGUCCCGGCACAGCGCCGCCUACUGCAGACCCUGAGAAGCGGAAGCUAAUUCAACAGCAGCUGGUGCUCUUGCUCCACGCGCACAAGUGCCAGCGGAGGGAGCAAGCCAACGGCGAAGUGCGACAGUGCAACCUGCCGCACUGCCGCACCAUGAAGAAUGUGCUGAACCACAUGACUCAUUGCCAGGCUGGCAAGUCCUGCCAGGUGGCACACUGUGCCUCAUCCAGACAGAUAAUCUCUCAUUGGAAGAAUUGCACACGACAUGACUGUCCUGUAUGCCUGCCACUGAAAAACGCUGGAGACAAGAGGAACCAGCAGUCGCUCCUCAACAGUGCAGGGGUGGGUUUGGUGAACUCUUUAGGGUCAGGGGUGCCAGGUGGACAGUCCAACACGCCCAAUCUGAACCCCCCAAACCAGAUUGAUCCCAGCUCCAUAGAGAGGGCCUACGCUGCGCUGGGUCUCACUUACCAGGGAAACCAGAUGCCGCAGCAACAAUCGACCAACAUGCCAAACCAAGGGCUGCAGGGGCAGCCUGGAAUGAGGACUCUAAACACCAUGGGAGCAAACUCUAUGGGAGUGAAUGGUGGAGUGCAGUCCCCCAACCAGCAGUCUACACUACUGCCAGACGCCAUGUUGCACAACAACAUGAAUGUACAGAGUUUGAUGAAUGAUAGUUUGGGGAGCCUGGGAUCCAUGCCCACAGCAACUCCUCCUUCUGCUGCAGGCAUGAGGAAGUCCUGGCAUGAGGACAUCACACAGGACCUCCGUAACCACCUAGUCCACAAACUCAGUGUACAGGCCAUCUUCCCUACUCCCGACCCCGCUGCACUGAAGGAUCGGCGGAUGGAAAAUCUCGUGGCUUACGCUCGAAAAGUAGAGGGUGACAUGUACGAGUCAGCUAACAGUAGGGCGGAGUACUACCACCUGCUGGCAGAGAAGAUCUACAAGAUCCAAAAGGAGCUGGAGGAGAAGAGGAAGACGCGGCUCCAGAAGCAGGGCAUGAUGCCCGGCCAACCUGGAAUAGGCUCCCCAGGCCUCCCACAGGGGCCUCCAAGCAUGGGACAGCCGCCCAUGCUCCCGGGGCAACCCCCAAAUGGUCCUCACAUCGAUCCGUCCAUGGUCCGACCAGCAGGACCCAACCAGAUGGUCAACAGGAUGCAGAACCCAGCAGGAAUGAACCAGUUUGGUCAGAUGGGGAUGCAGUCGAUGGGUCAGAGGUCGACCCCUCCUCUUCCUCUUGGUUCUCCAAUGAACCAGAUGGGUAUGGGUGCAGCAAGAAUGGGCCAGCCCAAUGCCACACAGUUACAGAACCAGUACCUCCCCCAAGGCCAGUUUCCAGGGUCCAGUCCUGGACUUGGUUCUGGUCCUAGUGGCAUGAACCAGCCCGGGCCACAGACUACAGUGCCACAGCAGAACCAGAUGUCAACGCCGCCUUCCCUCCCAGUCAGUAGUCCUGCACCACAGUCUGCCUCUUCUGCUCCGGGCUCUGGGGCCCCUGGAGGCUCCAUGGGGCCUGGUAGUGCCACCGGUGCUGGGUCUCUACCCAGCUUGCCUCAAUCCUCCACCCCCACCCAGUCCAACUCCUACCCGCACUGCCCGUCCAUCCGAACAAACUCGCCGUCACCAGCUCGCAGCUUAACGCCUCAACCUCAUCAAACACCCCCCACGUUACCUGGUUCUCAAACACCACAGCCACACACUCCGAGCACACCUCAGCUACCACCUCCACAGCACCCACAACAACAACAACAACAACAACAACAGCAACAACAACAGCAACAAACUUUACAGCAGCAGCAGCAGCAGCAGCAGCAGCAGCCACCAUCAGCACAGUCAGUGAAUUCUGAGAAGGCCGGUCAGCAUCCACAGAAGACGCUUGGGGGUGUGGCUUCCUCGGGCCCCCAAGCAAGUCAGGCUUCUUCAGUGCCCAACCAGAAUGCUCAUGUGCCACCACAGCUGCCCAAGACCCCACUAUCUGCGAAGCCUUCUCUGACAGGAGAUUGUCAGGUGUCCUCCCCAGCCUCGGUCAACAGCAGCACUGAUGCCAGCUCCCAGCCAGCUCCAUCAGAUGGCCCUGCUGCCAGCCAGGAAGAAGUUAAAAUGGAGGUGAAGAAGCAGGAGGAAGAGGAAGAUGAAGGGACUGACUCACAAGGAGAGGGCAAAGGGAAGAUGGGAAAGGGUCAGGCUGACGUGAAGACAGAGGAGAAACCUGAAAUAAAGAAAGAGAAGCUCUCGUCGGAUGGGUGUAAAGGCGAGCCCAUGGAUACAUCUUCGUUCUCGACGUCAUCGUCGGUAACAACAGGUGAAGACAAGAAGCCGGAGGUGAAGAAAGAGCCCAAAGAGGAAGAUGAGGGGUCAGCAUCCAGUACCAGCUCCCCAGCCAGCGCUCAGUGCAAGAAGAAGAUCUUUAAGCCGGAGGAGCUGCGUCAGGCUCUGAUGCCCACGCUGGAAGCUUUGUACCGGCAGGACCCUGAGUCUUUGCCCUUCCGUCAACCGGUGGACCCCCAGUUACUGGGAAUACCCGUACGUAUUCGAACUAGUAACAAAACUAACCUGGACUACUUUGAUAUUGUGAAGAACCCCAUGGACCUGUCAACCAUCAAGAGGAAGCUGGACACGGGACAAUACCAGGAGCCGUGGCAAUAUGUCGACGAUAUCUGGCUGAUGUUCAACAACGCCUGGCUCUACAACCGCAAGACGUCACGUGUAUACAAGUACUGCUCCAAGCUGGCUGAGGUGUUUGAGUCGGAGAUCGACCCGGUCAUGCAGGGCCUGGGAUACUGUUGUGGGAGGAAGUUUGAGUUUUCCCCUCAAACUCUAUGCUGCUACGGAAAACAAUUAUGCACCAUCCAACGUGAUGCUGCGUACUUUAGCUACCAGAACAGUUCACCAAAAUAUGGGCUUCUUGCUGACAGGUACCACUUCUGUGAGAAGUGUUUCAACGAAAUCCAGGGCGAGACCGUUUCCCUGGGGGACGACCCCUCGCAGCCUCAGACGUUGACAUUUAAGCCUUUAAAUACAGAAAACUUUUUUGGAGUCAUAAAAGACAGAAGAAACAUUAAAGCAGAUCGGCAGAUGUCUAUCAACAAAGAGCAGUUCCAACGAAAGAAGAACGACACACUUGAUCCCGAGUUGCUUGUGGAAUGUAUUGACUGCGGUCGUAAAAUGCACCAGAUCUGUGUCCUGCAUCAUGACACCAUAUGGCCUUUAGGCUUCACAUGUGACAGCUGCCUCAAAAAGGCGAACAAGACACGGAAAGAGAACAAAUACGCAGCUAGAAGACUUCCGCAGACCAAGCUGGGGGGUUAUUUGGAGUCGCGUGUGAACGACUACCUCAAGCGACAUGGCCAACCCGAAUCUGGCGAUAUCACCAUCCGAGUCGUCCACGUCUCGGACAAGGUGGUCGAGGUCAAGCCAGGCAUGAAGUCCAGGUUUGUGGACAGUGGAGAAAUGUCGGAGUCCUUCCCCUACAGGAUGAAAGCCUUGUUUGCAUUUGAGGACAUCGACGGCGCAGAUGUGUGUUUUUUCGGCAUGCACGUCCAAGAGUACGGCUCAGACUGCCCGCCUCCCAAUCAGAGACGAGUGUACAUCUCUUACCUGGACAGCGUGCACUUCUUCAAACCUCGACACCUCAGGACGGCUGUCUACCAUGAGAUCCUGCUGGGCUACCUGGAGUAUGUCAAGAGGCAGGGGUAUACAACGGGUCAUAUCUGGGCCUGUCCACCCAGUGAAGGGGAUGAUUACAUCUUUCACUGCCAUCCAAUGGACCAGAAGAUCCCCAAGCCAAAACGCCUGCAGGAGUGGUACAGGAAGAUGCUGGACAAGGCUGUGGCUGAGCGCAUUGUCCAUGAUUACAAGGACGUGUUCAAGCAAGCAACAGAGGACCGGCUGACCAGCGCCAAGGAGCUGCCAUAUUUUGAGGGCGACUUCUGGCCAAACGUGCUGGAGGAGAGCAUCAAGGAGCUGGAGCAGGAGGAAGAGGAGAGGAAGCGAGAGGAGAACAGCACCUCCAAUGAGAGCAUAGAUGCCACAAAAGGAGACAGCAAGAAUGCCAAAAAGAAGAACAAUAAAAAGACGAGCAAGAACAAGAGCAGCUUGAGCCGAGCCAACAAGAAGAAACCGGGGAUGCCCAACGUUUCCAAUGACCUUUCUCAGAAACUCUACGCUACCAUGGAGAAACAUAAGGAGGUCUUCUUUGUCAUCCGCCUCAUUGCCGGACCCACAGCCAACUCCCUGCCCGCCAUCACUGACGUGGACCCGCUGAUGGCCUGUGACCUGAUGGACGGCCGCGACGCCUUCCUGACUCUGGCCAGGGACAAGCACCUGGAGUUCAGCUCUCUGAGGAGGUCCCUGUGGAGCUCCAUGUGUAUGUUGGUGGAGCUGCACAACCAGAGCCAGGACCGCUUCGUUUACACUUGCAAUGAGUGUAAACAUCACGUGGAGACACGCUACCACUGCACCGUCUGCGAGGACUAUGACUUGUGCAUCACCUGCUACAACAUUAAAGGUCAUGAGCACAAGAUGGAUAAACUGGGUCUGGGGCUGGACGACGACAGCAACAACGCGUCAGCAGCAGCUACUCAGAGCCCUGGAGACUCCCGUCGUCUAAGCAUCCAGAGAUGUAUUCAGUCGCUGGUCCAUGCGUGCCAGUGCCGCAACGCCAACUGCUCUCUGCCGUCCUGCCAGAAGAUGAAGCGCGUUGUUCAGCACACAAAAGGCUGCAAGCGCAAGACGAAUGGUGGCUGCCCCAUCUGCAAGCAGCUCAUUGCUCUGUGCUGCUACCAUGCUAAACACUGUCAAGAGAACAAAUGUCCAGUCCCGUUCUGUCUGAACAUCAAGCAAAAGCUGCGGCAGCAGCAGCUACAGCACAGGCUCCAGCAGGCGCAAAUGUUAAGGAGAAGAAUGGCCAGCAUGCAGAGGGUGGGGCAGGCCGCUGUUGGGCCACCCGGAGGGCCUGUGGUCGGACUUCCAUCACCAGGAAACAAUGGUACCACAGCACCAAGUACCCCAACGUCUGUAGGAACCCAGCCCCCAACCCCCCAGACACCAACUCAGACCAUGCCUCCAGUCCCGCAGCAGGGAAUGGGUCCAGGACCUGGAGUCCAGCAGCAGCAACAGCAGCCAGGUGGGAUGCCCUCACAAAGUGGCAUGCCUCCUCAGCACCCCCACCACCAGUUUCCGCAGAUGUCUCCCCAACAUCAGCAGCAGAUGCUUCAAGUCCAGCAGCAGCAGCAGCAGCAACAACAACAACAGCAGCAGCAGCAGCAACAGCAUCAACAACAGCAGCUGCAGCUGCAGCAGCAGCAGCAGCUGCAGCAGCAGCAGCAGCACAGUGGAGCAGGGACCAACCCUCAACAACUCCAACAGCACCCGAACAAUUUGCCUCCAUAUGCCAGCAGACCUCCAGGCUCCUCCCCAAUCCACCAGUCCCAGGGCAAACCAGUUCUUCGGUCUGCAACACCUCCCCAGCUGCAGCCUGGUGGCACUGUCAUGGCUGGAAGUGUUGGGGGCCAGCAACCUCCUAACCAGGCCCAGCCUCCCCUUUCACAGCAGCAUCCUUCUGGCCCUCCACCGGCAGCAGUAGAAAUCGCCAUGAAGAUCCAACAGGUAGCUGAUGCUCAGAGAAAGAUGGCUCUGCAACGACAAGCCGCCCAGGCAGCUGCAGGCUUGAUGCCUCCUCACCCGCACCAUCAACAGGGUCAAGGUCAACAGAUAAGCAUGGGACACCCAGGGGCAGUUGGGAUGGUUGGACCUCAGGGCAUGCCACAACAGUCGGCAGCAGUGGCAGCUGCUCGUGCCCACAUGGAACAGCAACAAAGUGCUCAACCGGGCAUGAUGGUCGGUGCUGGGGGGCCCAUGCAGCAAAGCCCUCAGCAGGUAAACCUUCCCCAGGGCCAGCUCCCCCCUCAGGUGCAGCUUCAGCAGCAGAGGAUGGGUGCACCACUUCAAAACCCUCAACAGCAGCAACAGCAGUGGGCAGGCCAGGGGAUGCCACCCCAGCAGAGACAAGCUAUGAUGAACCAAAUGGGCCAUCCAGCCAUGAUGGCAGCUCAGCAGCAGCAACUUCAACAGCAGCAGCAGCAACAACAGCAGCAGCAGCAGCAGCAGCAGCAGCAGCAGCAGCAGCAGCAGCAACAGCAGCAGCAGCACCAACAAGCUCAGGGCCAUGCUGCCUUGAUAAACAUGGCGCAGCAGCAGCAGCAGCAAGGUGCUGGUGUCCCAGGGGGGGCUGUCCCUGGAGCUACUGGUGUCCCAGGAGCUAUUGCUGCUGGUGGGAACAUCCCCCAGGCUGCCCUCCAAGACCUGUUACGGACUCUCCGCUCGCCUAGCUCACCGAUCCAGCAGCAGCAAGUCCUCAACAUCUUGAGGUCUAAUCCACAGCUCAUGGCUGCUUUUAUUAAGCAGAGGGCUUCAAAAUACAAGGGGGUGCCGGGGGCUCCAGGUGGACCGGGUGGACCGGGUGCCAUGCCGGGAGGUCCUGGUCCCACAGGAGGUCCUGUUGGUAAUGCCAUGGCAGGAGGGGGACCACAGGUGAACAUGAAUUCUGCAGGUUCCGGCCAGCCUGGGAUGCAUAUGGCAAGUCAGGGAGGGACGAAUGUCAACAUGGCCACUAUGGCCCAGCUACAGCAGCAGCAACAGCUGCAGCAGCAGCAGCAGCAACAGCAGCUUCAGCAGCAGCAGUUACAACAGUUACAACAGCAACAACAGUUACAACAGCAACAACAGUUGCAACAGCAACAACAGUUGCAACAGCAGCAACAGUUACAACAGCAGCAGCAGAGGCCAAUGCUCAGUAGUUUACAGCAACAACAAGUGGCAGCUCUCCAGCAGCAGCAGCAGCAGCAACAGCAGCAGCAACAGCAACAACAACAGCAGCAGCAACAACAACAGCAGCAGCAACAGCAGCAGCAACAGCAGCAGCAGCAAGGGGGAGUAAGGCCUAUGCAAGGCCAGGGCCCAAUGGGAAAUCUCAACACUACCCAGUUUAGAGAGAUGCUCAUGAGGCGGCAUCUCCAGCAGCAGCAGCAACAACAGCAGCAGCAGCAGCAACAACAAAUGGGAGUAAAUCACGGUCAGUUCCAGCAGCCACAACCACCACAGGGGCAAAGCUACAUGGGACAGCCUGGGAUGCAGCCUCCAACAGUGGGACAGGGCCAGGCUGGAGGUCCUCCUCAUGGCCCCCAGCAGCCUGGUGGUCCCCCAGGCCAGCAGGGGCAAGGUUACCCAGGAUCGGUGGCCCAGCAGCAAGCUACAGCUGCUCUGCAGCAUAGGAUCCAGCACCAGCACAACCUCCAGAUGCAGCAGCAGAAUGCCAUGGCUGGUCUGCCAGGGGGCGAUGCAGGGCCAGGUGUGGGAGGUCCUCAGCAGCCAUCUCAAGGCCCUCAGCCCACUCAAGGUGGCCCCCCACCUCCAUCUUCUCAAGCCCUGCUACAACAGGCCCUCCACCAGAGACUGCUCCAGCAGCAGCAGCAGCAGCAACAGCAUCUGGGCCCCGGCGGGUCACCGGCCCAGCACAGCAAUCCCAUGAGUCCCCAGCAGCCGCAGCAGAUGGCCCAGUCCCCACACCUGCAGGGCCAGACACAUCCCACAUCGCUGGCUAACCAGGUGCGAUCUCCACAGCCCUCUCCCAGACCGCAGUCCCAGCCGCCGCACUCCAGCCCGUCCCCGCGCAUGCAGCCCCAGCCCUCCCCACAUCACAUCUCCCCUCAGAUGCAGACGGGUUCACCACACCCAGGCCAUCUGAACCAGCACCACCCAGGCAUGGGGGUCCCUCCACAACAACAGCCAACAACCCAACAGCAGCAACAGAACUCUAUGGAGCAGUUUGGGUCGGACCAGAGCGCCAUGUUAUCUCAGCUGAGUAGCAUGGCCAGUCUCCACGGACCAGGGGGAAACAGUCAGGACCCGCUGGGCCAGAAUAUGAAUCACAACCCUUUAGACAUCAUGUAGGAAUUCUACUAACGUGUCAUGUUGAGCUGAAAUGCUCCGUGAUUCUUCGCACAAACUGCACUCACCCAGGACAGUGUUAUUGUUAUUACUUAGCCUUUCUUUUUUAUACUAUUAUUAAAUGUUAUUUAAAAUGUUUUCAAUAAAGAUGCAUUGAACUGAACUUCCUAUGGGAGAUGAACAAUAAAUCAAGCAGUCGUUAAAUAAAUUAGAAUAAAUGAAUUGUAAGUUAUUGCUGUUAAUAUAUUUUUUUGCCAAUCGUGGACAGGGAGGGGGGGGCGGUUUCUCGGCAGCCUCCUCACCUCCACAUCUUGCUGAAUAGAAGAAAGGUCAUAUUUUCGGGGGUAAAUAGGAGAACUUGCCUUUUUUAAGAAAUGUUUUUAAGGUUUUAAACGUGGUCAAGAUUAAAGAGGAAAUGAUUUAAUGCAAAGAACUUUUUUUAUCGGUUUCGUUUCCCAUCAUUCAGUCUGUCUAUUUCUGUUUUGCAGAGUGAUGUGGAUUAUUAUUAUUAAUAUUAUUAUUAUUGUAAAUCCAAACAUGAUGCAUAUCCUCCUUUUCAAAUGUUUGGGUUUGCUUUAUUUAUUGUUUUCUCUUGAGGGGGUGGGGCGGGGGUGUUAUGUACCCUGAGACUGCUUAAAUUUGUAUAGAAAUAUAUUUUUGUUAUUGACUGUCGGGAGGGGGGGGUCGUUAGUUCUUGUUUCAUUUCGCUGUAGACGUCUUUAGUUGGGUCUGUCCAGGUGGGGAGGAUGAAAUGUCAGUGUUUUACCGCAGCGGUCGGGGGUCUGCUGUGAGUCAGAGACGUCGAACGGACGCGUCGUGACGUCCCCACCGGCCUCUGCGUUGGACAUCGGCCGUGCUGGAAGGGACUAACCCCUCGCAAACAUGCAAGCCCUCUCCCUCGAAUGUGUGUGCACUCCUUCCUUUUUAAAGACACUUAAUAUGGAGCAGUGGAGGCUUGGGGAGGGGGGGUGCAUACCUGUGUGCCUGUAACAUUUUGAGUACAUGAGCUGGGACGUGGAGAAAAGAAAUUGGGUGGGGUGGGCUCCUCUUAGUGUUUUUAGGAUUCUACUGUUUGGAGUAAACAGAGGAUUUUUGAUCCAAAUGAACUGUGUUGCACAGAAAUGAGGAGAAAGUCUCCGUGUCUUUCUGCCUCGGCCCCGUUGCUGCUUCCCUCGGACGUUAAAUCCCCUCCCUCCUCCUCUUCUACGAGAAAGUCGAUCUCCCUUCCUCCUCAACUCCAUCUUUAUCUUUCUGAACUUUGGGAUUUUAAUUUAAUAUUUUUUACUGUACAAAGAAACACAAACUGUGGACUCAAAUACUGUUUUUUAUAAUAAAAUGAAAAUUACCAAUA